GUCGCGUACCUCGAAGACUCCGACCUCCAUUCCCAACGAGGAACGGACUCUUGGACGAAGUGUAUUUCUCGUGGAGGUUGCCUGGACGUGAGAAACCAGGAUGAGAGUGUCGGGCAACGCGACGAACAUAUUGCGCAACGUCUCCGCCAGCGCAGGUGGUGGCGCCAUUUGCGCAUUUUGAACGUUGGAGCACAACCGUUGGAGCGAAUGCAAGGACGAAAACAAACACAUGAAAAAGUACUUGUCAUCGUGUUUGAAUCCGCAAAAACAGAUCGCGACCGAGUCGUUGUCGCGCAAGACGAACAAAGAGGAAUCUCCUGUCGUCGUGGAGCAGUCUGCCUACGUCGGCACGACGUUUGCGAAACUACCUCGUCGACGACGGUUGUCUAUUUUUAGUAACGCAAUUUUGUUACGUCGUUCUUUAACGAAAUCAAUUUGUUCAUCACAAUCGUCCUCGACGCUCGUCACCAGAUCAAAAUGGAACAUAGGCUUUUGAUAGUGAUACUUAUCCUGUCACUCAAAUGUAAAGUUAGCAGUGCAUCCAUUCUGGACUGGGUAGGAUUGGGAAAAAAGGCAGAUGACGCAAAUGUCCUAGUCGCUGAUGGCGUGCCCCUGAUCUCGAUUCCUUAUGAGUCAAUGACUGAGGAUGAGAAGUUCCUCCAGGAGGGUGCCAAGUUUAUGACGGACAUACAAGUGUCCUCACCAUUAGAGAUAUGUCAGCACAAGGUCAUUAUGAAGAUCAGGACCUCGUGCUCUGACAUGACCGAGGAGGAGCUGGCCAAGCUGAGUGUCAACCUCCUCAAUUGUCAGUCAGCAGUUGAAGGCAGGAAGAUGUUUCCCUGCACCGAAGACAUGUCUCUUAAGCAAUGCACAAUCGACAUGGAUGCUGAUAUGUGGAAUGCGUAUCAUUUAAUAAGUAACAGAGCGAGAGCAGUUUGUUACGCGGCUCGAAAUACACAAUUUCGUGCUCUUACAGAGUUAACGGUCAACAAACUGAUGCAGUCUGCGCAUUCUCAAAUCAAAGCUUUGGAUUCCUUGAAGCAAGGCCAAGAUCGUCUGGAAGAAAAAACAGUAGAAGCUGUGUCAUCAUUGACCGAAGGAAACAAGGUACUGUUGGCACAACAAGAGUAUUUGAAGGACGCUCAGGCAACGGCUCAAAAGCUUGUAACAACAAAUCUGAGAAAGUUGUACAACGAAAAAGCAUUAAUACGAUCUGGCCACAAUCAACUCGCUGCCAUGACAGAAGAAAUAAAAAACAAAUUAGAAAAGGCGCAUUGCGAUCUCGAGCAACAGGCCAUCGAACGUGAAAACAAUCAUCAGGAAGUUCUGCAGGAUUUGCUUAGCAUACAAGAACAGGCACGAAUGAUCUGGGAAAAAAUCGAACAUAGUACUAAUAAUAUAUUGGAACAACAUGAGGAAACUAUUCUCCAAUACGAACAAACGAUGCAGAUGCUUACGCAAAUUAAUGAUACCAUUCAAUACAUUUGGAAUCUCACUAAUACGAUGCGAGUGGAAGUAGAUCAAAAAUUGGGAUGGAUUACCGACUACAUUGGCAGUACUGGUGAACAAAUGCAAAGAGCGUAUCGUAUAUUUUUACACAUUUUAUAUUUAUUAGUGGCAAUGAUAAUUGCCGCGUUUUUACAAGCGCCGUUUUUAACUAGAGCUACCAUUAUGAGUGUUGUACCGGCGAAUCUUGUCACAUAUUUGAAACACGGUAUAGAGGCUUCUCUAGAUUUUACAUCUAUGACGGUGUUAAUAUUCUUGAUCACCAUAAUGUAUUUUAUAAUGCUGGGAAUACAACGCAUGAUGGGACCAAAUACUUCGAAAGCGAAGGCGGAGCUAAUUAAACUGCUCCAACAAAAAAGUCAAUUAAACGGAGUUACACACAAUGAUACAAUGUCGAUUUCACCUGAAUCCGUGCCGACAAUGCAGUUACACGAGAAAUUGACGAGAAUGAUGCAAGAAUUUUACAAUCUCAGCGUUUCGCAAAUAAAUUAUUACAAAGGGAGAAUGCAAGUUUUGUUAGAGACAGUUGUUUCGUGGGGUGGACGUAAUUUAAAUGCGCACGAGGAACUUUCUUGUUCAUAUCAACCAUCGAAGAAGAAGCGUGAGGAUAUCAUUCAUAACGGAUUGCAGUUCCCGAGUUUCAUGACGAAACGCUUAAUAGAGUGUGAUUCUUCUAAUGAUAUAGCAACAUCAAGACUAAUGCAAUAUGAAGACAAUUUUAUAAGACAAGAUCAUGAAGACCUUAAUACAACUGAUGAUAUCUCAGAGAAUUCGUUUGAACCUCUUCGGCGCAGCAUGGACCUGCGAGCCAGAAGUGGUACUCCGAUGUUGCCAAAAAUUCCUUGUAUGGGAGUAACGAAAAAUGGUAGGAGAUGUCGGUCAUUCGUUUCACCUGGACAGAAUUACUGCUAUCAUCAUUCCACGAGCGCAUCUGUGAGGAAGAUGCAGAAUUUACUAUUUUAUAAGAAUCGAAAUACAAACUUAUAAAUGAUCUUGUAACACUUGUAUGAAACUCUGGAAAUUAAUUUAAUGUAAAUAUAAAAUUUUAUUAUAGAUAAGUAAAAAA